UGUAGAGAGAAAAUCAAAUGAAACUCUUUCUAUUGGGAAGAAAAACAAUCUUGUCAUUGAGAAUAAAGAUAUGACUAUCAAGCAAUGCAGAGAGAAAGAACACAUGUUGACAGCUCAAAUCACAGCUUUGAGUAGUGAAAUUAAAACUUUGAAGCUAAACGAGAGUACAAAUAAGCCAGUUGAACAAACCUAUGUGAGAGAUAUCAUGAAAGAGUGGCAAAAUUCAACAAAUGAAAUGAGUAUGAGGAUAAAAAACUACGAGAGGGAAUCAGAAGUCCUUCAUCAAUCUUUGGACACGGCCCUCAAAGAUAUGUUAAAACUUCAACGGUUUGAAGAAGUAGCAAACAAUAAAGUAAGAGAUUUGGAGGCUCGUCUGCAAGAUGUGAUGAACAGAGACAGCAAAAGAUGUACAGACUGUAGUGUACAGACAGAUCUAACAUCAGCUAUAGAUGUGGGCUGUCAGGCUGACAAGGUAGAGGUUGGCAGCUCUGCUACACAAACCGACUAUGUGGACCAACAGAUCAAAGAUAAAGAUGAUUCAAAGGCGAUACCAGAGAAAAAGACCAGCAUCAGCGAUUUAAAUAUUCCUGUUUCAUCCUUUUCUACUACUCUAUCAACUCCAAGUUUCAAGUAUUCCAGUAGCUCUGUCAGCCAGCUGAUAUCCAGGUACCAGAAGGAGAAGGCAAGACAAGAGUCUGAGGAAGCUGAGUUGAUGCUGUCUCAGUCACAAGACAUCAGUGUUCUCCCCACACAGCUCAACUUGAAUCUACCCAAAUAAAUAAACUGAAAACAACCUAAGUUGUGGGAGAAAUCUGAUUUAAUAGUGUUUGUUUUGUUAACUUU